AUGCGAGCAAGGAAGUUACCAAUAUUCGCAAUCUUUGCGGUUUGUGCUUUGUUUUAUCUCCUCUACAUGGAGUCCCCAACAUCUACUGUCUCUGACAAUAAGCCACCGUUCAAACCAAACGUGCCUCUUCCCAGAACCAAUGGCCCCAUAAGUAGUAGUUGCAGUGUCUCCGUUGUCGAAUCAGAUCACGAAGAAAAAGAGGAGUUAGAUUUGUUGGUACCUCCUCCGAAGGCAAGCAAGAGCGAGAGAAUUAAAUGGUUUAGAAGAAAGCUACCUGAGCUGGAGAUACUAAAUUCGACGAGCAAGAGCAAGAGAUUCCAUGGAAGGGUUUUGGAGUUGUACAACAACAAUUGCUCAGCUCAGUUAUUUAUGGUUUGGCUUUCUCCUGCAAAAUCCUUUGGACCAAGAGAGCUAUUAGCUGUUGAUACUCUCUUCACAACCAACCCUGGUGCUUGCUUGGCGAUUUUGUCAAACUCCUUAGACUCCCCCAGAGGACACACGAUCCUUAAGCCGUUGCUUGAUCAUGGUUUCAACCUCAUUGCUGUAACCCCCGAUAUCCCAUUCCUCGUCAAGAACACCCCUGCAGAAGCUUGGUUGAAAAAGUUAAAGAGUGGUAAGAUGGAUCCCGGUUCCAUCCCCUUGUUCAUGCAUCUCUCUGAUCUAACAAGACUCGCGGUGCUCUACAAAUACGGAGGAGUCUAUCUAGACACAGACAUCAUCUUCCUUAAUGAUGUAACAGGACUGAGAAACGCAAUUGGGGCACAGAGUAUAGAUCCAGAAACUAAGAGAUGGACAAGACUUAACAACGCAGUGAUGGUUUUUGACAUCUACCAUCCGCUUAUGCGUGAAUUCUUGCACGAGUAUUCAACAACUUUCGACGGGAACAGAUGGGGAUACAACAGCCCUUACCUAGCCUCUAGAGUUAUCAAACGAUUAGGAAACAAACCUGAAUACAAUCUCACAAUCUUUCCGCCAAACGCUUUUUAUCCAGUGAAUUGGCUUAAGAUCCCAAGGCUUUUCAAGAAACCUGCAACCACAACAGAAGCAAAAUGGGUAGAGAAGACAGUACAAAAUAUGAACAAAGGGAGUUACAUGAUACAUCUGUGGAACAAAGUCACACGAAAGAUCAAGAUUGAAGAAGGAAGCGUCAUGCAAAGACUCAUCUCCACACACUGCACAGUCUGCAGAAACAUCACUAAUUCUCACACUUAA